UGCGUAACAUGUUUAAGGCUGAGUGCAAAGCUCAGAGAAAAGCAGUGGGAUACACUGUGGUAUGAUAACCAUGACAACACUCAAUAGCAUGGAAUCCUGAAUGCAUUUGUAGAGCACAAGAGCACUGGUAGAAACCUUUGAGCAGAGUAGAAUCAGAAGACAGUGUUAAAAAAAGGUUUUUUUUCACCAUUAUGGAAAUCCCUGACAUGGCUUCAAAAAAACGUCCUUGUCGGCCAGAGAUGUUUGAUUUUGAGGGAAUUUCUAUGACUAACUUUUUCACUGACAACUGGGAAAAAGUGAAAAAUUUUCAGUCAAGACCUGAUGACAUACUAAUUGCCACAUAUCCCAAAGCAGGUACCACAUGGGUUUCUUAUAUACUGGACCUUCUGUAUUUCAGUAAUGAUGAUCCAGAGUGUCAGACUUCCCAGCCUAUCUAUAUGAGAAUCCCAUUCCUAGAGUCAUGCUUCCAAGAGUUUUCAACAGUUACAGGCACAGAAAUGGCAGAUAGUCUGACCACCACUCCUCGUCUCAUCAAAACUCAUUUACCUGUUCAGCUAGUACCCAAGUCCUUCUGGGAUCAGAACUCAAGGAUUGUGUAUGUAGCACGUAAUGCAAAAGACAAUGCUGUUUCCUACUUUCAUUUUGAUCGAAUGAACAUGGUACAGCCUGAACCAGGGGACUUUAACCACUUCUUACAGAAAUUUAUGAAAGGAAAAAAUGUGUUUGGUCCUUGGUUUGACCAUGUCAGUGGAUGGUGGGAGAAAAAACAGACAUAUUCUAACCUACUGUACUUGUUCUAUGAGGAUUUGGUUGAAGACACUGGACGUGAGGUGGAACGUUUGUGCUCAUUCUUGGGUGUGUCCACUUCAGUUGAAGAGAGGGAAAAAAUAACAAAAAUGGUUCAGUUUGACGACAUGAAACAGAACAAGAUGAUCAACCAUGAAACAAUCCCUUUCAUGGACUUCAAGAUCUCACCCUUCAUGCGAAAAGGUAAAGUAGGAGACUGGAAAGGUCACUUCACUGUGGCACAAAAUGAACAGUUUGAUGAGGUCUACAAACAGAAGAUGAAGAAUACCACACUCAAGUUUCGCACAGAGAUUUAAUAUUUGAGUUCUAGAUCUUUUUGAUUGUUACUGAUAUUGAUUAUUAGAAAUUGAUUGUUAGUGAUAAAGUGUACAUCUUUCAGGACAUAAAUAGAAUAACCUCUGAAGUUUUUUAACCAGUGGUAGACUAAGGGCCAGGUUUACUAACAGCAACAGUACAAACCGUCUUUUGGGGUUAAAAUAGUACCAUCAGGAUUUACUAAAGAUGUACAGUGAAGAAUAAGCUCUGAAAUGGCGUGGACACAGUUAUUUUUGUGCCUGACUUUAUUGAAUAUGCAUUUGUUGGAAUUUUCUUUUCAGACUCAAAAUUUAUGGGAGGAGAUUAUUAAAAUUAAUCGUGCAACGUAA